CGGCAGCACUGAGUUAGGUUCAGUUGGGACUCACCUGCUGUCUGGCUCUUUUCAUUUUUUAAAAACAUUCCCUGGUUUUCAGUUCUCCUGGAGUCGGUGUGAGUGCUCCUGACAGACAGAUCUGCCUCCAAUCAGAUGUUUCUAGAUGUUCCUGCAUGGUGGAUCAAACUGAUGAUCAUACUUGAUCAGUUUGAUCAAAGCUCUCCAACACCGCUGGCUAACAUGCAGCUGAAACCACGGCAGAGCCUCCACCAUGUCUCACAGAUGGCUGCAGACUCACUUUUGGACCUCCUGACCACCUCGCACAUACUGACCAUGAUUUGAACAGAUAAAGGUUAAAUUCUUGUUUCCCUUCUGUUGGAGAAGUGGCCACCAGUAGGGUUGUGGUCUGUGGGGAGGAGGCGUCCAGUGAUACGUGGAGAGGUCCGGAGGAUGAUGAAGUUAAGCUGAGUGAUGCUGUGUGCAAAUGGAGAGGAGGCGGGGUUGCGGUGUAUCGAUCUAGCUGAUUCAAAGCGAUCGAUCGGUGAAACAUCCGUCAGCGUGGAGCGCCGAGGCCUGAUGAUGUGUGAGGACUCACUCCAGCCGGGCGACGACGGCUUCAUGCGGCUCGUCUCAGAGGAAACCAACCAGGCUUCAGAAGCCUGACGGAGACGCAUCAACACUGAGGAGGAGGAGAGCAUGAGGAGAUGAAUGGAGUGAAGGAGGAGCCUGAGGAAACAGGAGAGGACUGUCAGCAGCUCCCUGCUCAAGGGGCGGGGCUCAACCCAGGUGUGCAGAGUCUCUCUGUACCAGAUGAACCGGCUUCAGACGGCGCUCACCGGGCAAAGCGCUGCCACCGGUGCUCGGUAUGCGGCCGGGAGUUUUCGCGUCCCUCCCGCCUGGUCGAUCACAUGACCGCCCACACGGGCGAGAAGCCGUACAGCUGCUCGCUGUGCAGCAAACGCUUCACAAAGAAGAUAAACGUGGCGGUCCACCAGCGGGUUCACACCGGAGAGAAGCCGUAUUCCUGCCCCGACUGCGGCGUCAGCUACGCCCAGCUCAGCUGCCUGCGGCGUCACCGGCUCAGCCACGCCGCAGAGAAACCCCACUGCUGCUCGGUGUGCGGGAGAGGAUUCGUCCAGCGGCGCCACCUCGUCCAGCACGAGCGCACUCACACCGGAGAAAGGCCGUUCCUCUGCUCGCUGUGCCCCAAGAGCUUCGCCUCCAGGACGGGGCUCGUCGACCACCAGAAAACCCACACGGGACAGAACCUGUACUCCUGCUCCAUCUGCGAGAAGGUUUUCUCCACGGCGUCGUCCUUCAGGGAUCACGUGAGGCUGCACACGGGGCAGCAGUUGAAGCUUCAGGUUGUUCUCCGUCUGUCUGACACUCAGGGGGAGACGAAUCUUCACUGCUUCCUGUGUCAGAAGGACUUCUUGUCUGUGGAGAAGCUGCUGCAGCACCGGCAGCUCCACCAGAGGGCGCAGCGGUUCACCUGCGGCGUCUGCGGCCGAGAGUUCGGUCGAGCGUCGCGGCUGAAGGAGCACAUGCGCUCUCACACCGGAGAGAGGCCGUACCAGUGCGACGUCUGCAUGAAGCGCUUCUCUGUGCUCAGAGUGCUGAGGAAGCAUCAGGAGAUCCACAGCAGGGAAGAGUGCAGCGCCGCCGCUGACGACCAAUCACAGCCUUCAGACCAGCCGGUGAGCAGCGAGGCUCGACUUCAGAAUAAAACGGGUGAAUCGCUCAGCGGGAUGAAAGUGGAGAACGGGAACGCCGGGAACGCAGACGGAGACUCGGCGACCGACGGGAGCGCCGAUACUCCGAAGGGAAGCUCCUCCCACAGCUGCCUCAGCUGUGGGAGGAGCUUCCCGGAGAUGUCGGCUCUCUUGGAGCACGCCAAGGUCCACGACUCGGAGAAGCCGCACCGCUGCCCGGUAUGCGCGAAGAUCCUCAGCAGCGCGGCCACCCUGCGAGUGCACAGGAAGACCCACAUGGCCGACAAGCCGCACGCCUGCAGCAUCUGCCCCCGCAGCUUCCUGAAGCCCUGCCUGCUGCGCCAGCACAUGAGGACCCACAUCAGGGACGGGCUCAUCGCCGACCCCGCCGACAAGGUGUUCUGGUUCGACAUGAAGAUCGAGGGCGGGAAGGUGGAGCUGGGGAUGAAGAAGAAGGAGGUGGAUGAAGGUGUGCAGACCUCCGUAGAUGUUUUCACCAGAGUCGAGCCCUCUGUUAACAAACCCCGCCCCACUGAGGGGCGGGGCAACAGCGAGGAGCGUAAAGAGCCAGACAUGAGCGGGCUGAUAAACUCUGAUGGUGAGGAAGAGGACUGGAGGCCAGCGCGCGGCAACCCUGAUGGACCCACAGACCCUGAUGGACCCACAGACCCUGACGGAUCCACAGUUCCUGACGGAUCCACAGUUCCUGACGGAUCCACAGUUCCUGACGGACCCACAGACCCUGAUGGAUUCAUAGAUUGCGAUGGGCCCACAAGUCCUCACGGACCCCUGAACCCACAGGCCGACAGUGGGGCUGAUGGGAAAUCACGGCACUGCUGCCCCGUCUGCGGGCGCGACUGCUUCAAAGCGUCAGCGCUGCAGAAGCACCUGCGGAUCCACUCGGGCGAGCGUCCCUUUCAGUGCCCCACCUGCAGGAAGAGCUUCAUCCAGCACGUGCACAUGACAGAGCACCAGAGGAUCCACACAGGAGAGAGACCCUACACCUGCAGCAUCUGCAGCAAGAGCUUCACCUUCUCCAGCGCGCUGCGCCGGCACCAGCGUCUGCACACCGACGCCCGGCCGUAUCAGUGCCCCAUCUGUCCCAAGACCUUCAAGCAGCGCAGCUCGCUCAAAGAGCACCAGCUGACGCACUCCGGCGUCCGCUACCAGUGCCCGCUGUGCAGCAAGAGCUUCAGCCGCGCCCUCGAGCUCACCUACCACGUGGACGUGCACUCGGAGGCUCGGCCGUACUUCUGCGACAUCUGCCAGAAGAACCUGAGCGGAGCCCGAGUCUUCAGGAAGCACAUGAAGAAUUUGUACACUUCUAAAGUCACCAGGUCUUUAAAGCCUCUGAGCUCACCUGAACCUGAACCUGAACCUGAGUUUGUACCGGAGCUCGAGCAGCUGCGUGUUCCUGCAGAGCCACAGAUUCCUCCACUACAACCAGAAAACGCUAAAAGACGAGCGCUGAACGCUCCAACGCUUCAUCGCAUCCUGAGGAAAAAUCUGUGGAAUUAUGUCAACAACAGAAAUGUUCCCGUCACUUUUACAGUACACCUGCUGAGUUUACAGAUCUCUGUAAAGAAAAUGCUCGGUUGGUGCCGCAGGUCAGAGGAGAAUGACCAAACCUAUAUAACUUAUUAUAACAAAGGUAUGCAGAAGAGCGUCUCUGACACAUCACAGCCUGAAGCAGAUGAGCUACAGCAGAAGAUCUGCCACAACAUCCAGGAUCUCUGUCGGGAGGGCGUGAUGGUUUCAAGUUCACUGUCCUCCAAACGCCUCCACAGUCGCCACAUGUCAUGGAUGCAGUCCACAGCUCUGCAGCAGGUGGGUAUUCCCCUCACGGGCAGGGGGCGUGACCAGACCCCCGGGGGCGGGGUCAGCGGACACCGCGCCAUCCUGCAGGAUAAAAGCUGGUCCCGACAGCCUACGGGAGGCUCAGCUGACCGCUCCAAGACCAGGUACGAUCACGUGAUCACCUUCAGCUUGAUUAUUUGA